AUGUCUUUCCUCAACAACCUUGCAAUCUCAACAGUAUCUGCCUCUGCGAAGCCGAAUUCUACUGUACCCGCCUCUGUGCCGCUAACGACGCUCAAAGAUGACGUGCAGGUGGCCGAUCCGCCGACAGACUCGGUCUCUGGUCUUGCGUUCUCGCCAACGGCAGACUUCAUCGCAGUAGGGAGCUGGGACUGCGCUGUGAGAGUAUAUCAGGUCGCACCUACCGGACAAACUCGAGGCGUGGCAAUGUAUGCUCACAAUGCGCCAGUAUUGAGUGUAGCGUGGAGUAAGGAUGGGUCUAAGUUAUUCUCUGGUGGCUGUGAUGGUGCUGGCCGGAUGCUGGAUAUAGCGACGGGGCAGUCACUUCAAGUAGCCCAGCACGAUGCGCCUGUCAAGUGCGUCAAAUGGGUAGAGACACCACGGGGCAGUAUCUUAGCCACUGGCGGUUGGGAUAAAACCUUGAGAUAUUGGGACCUUCGGUCGCCAACUCCUGCAGCCGUCGUGCAUCUCCCGGAGCGACUUUACAGCAUGGAUGUGCGGUACCCCCUGUUAGUUCUUGGUACAGCGGAUCGACAUAUUCAAUUAUACGACCUCACAAACCCGACUGUCGUCUUCAGCCAAAAAACCUCUCUGCUUAGCAUGCAGACACGUGUAAUCACUCUUGGAAAUGGAUUAUACGCAUAUGGCAAUGUCGAAGGCAGGGUUGCAAUGCACUGGCCAUCGACUACAGAUCCUACUGCAUCAGAAGCACACAGGACACGACUUCCCACUGAGGCGCCUCCAGCACCCGGUUCCAUAAUGUGGGCCGUCAAUGACAUCUCAUUCCAUCCUAUAUAUGGUACAUUCACCACUUGCGGGUCUGACGGCAUUAUCAUGACAUGGGACGGAGAAAACCGUAAGAGGUUGAAGACAUUCGAAUCGGCCGGUGCUCCUAUCUCUGCGACAGCAUUUAACCAUACUGGUUCGGUGCUCGCAUAUGCUGUUUCGUAUGACUGGCAUAAGGGCCAUAUGGGGAAUGUCCCCGGCAUGCCCAACAGGAUCAUGCUUCAUUCCUGCAAAGAUGAUGAAGUGAGGCCACAGCCGAAGAUUGGGGGAACAUAA